GACUUUUUCUUCGGUGGCGGCUUCAUGGGCGAGACCGAGACCGGCGUUGUCUGGAGUCGACCGCGGACCGCGACCGAGGCGAACGCGUAUGCAUGGACCCGCGGAGUGACGUCCGGGGACAUGGUGCGCAUGGACGACGGAAGCGUGCUUCCACUGCUGCAGCUGGAGCGGGACAUGGACGUUUGCCGCGGGAACGCCACGUCGAGCGUCGACCUCGAGGACCUGGGCAUGCUCACGCACUUGAACGAGCCGUCGAUGGUACACUGCCUCGAGGAGCGCUUCAUGGUCGACAAGGUCUAUUGCCACACGGGCGAGAUGCUGCUGGCGGUGAACCCGUUCAAGACGAUUCCGCGGCUCUACGAUGUGGACGCGUACCACGCGACGCUCCACGCUAGCAUGCACAAGGUGCCGCAUGUGUUCACGACCGCCCACGACACGUACCAAGCUCUGCACACGACGAACCCGGCGACGAACACGCACAUGAACCAGACCGUCUUGGUGAGCGGCGAGAGCGGGUCGGGGAAGACCGAGUCGACCAAGUUCAUCAUGCAGUACCUCGCGGUCGUGAGCAAGGUCGACGCGACCAGCCAUAGCAACAGCAUUGCGGACCAAGUCUUGCAGUCCAACCCGAUCUUGGAGUCGUUUGGGAACGCACGGACGCUGCGCAACGACAACUCGAGCCGGUUUGGCAAGUUUGUCAAGAUCUGGUUUGCGCCCCAGAAGCACGACACGCUGCGCCUCAUUGGCACCACGAUCGAGACGUACUUGCUCGAGAAGGUUCGCUUGGUGCACCAGGCUAACGGCGAGCGCAACUUUCACAUCUUCUACGAGCUCCUCGCCGCCGCUGCGGCCAAUCCGCUGCUCCGCGCGAGCUUGCACUUGGAGGCGCCGGUCACGGCCUAUGCAUACCUCGGUGGCAGCGGCUGCUUCGUGCGCCAAGACAAGGUGCGCGACGUGGACGAGUUUCAAAAGACAAUGCGCGCGAUGGCGAUCGUGGGCUUUGAAGAGCACGAAAAGGCGUCCAUUUUGGAGAUCGUCGCGAGUCUCCUGCAUCUCGGCAACAUGGUGUUUGGGCUCCAGCCGGGCGGCGGCAGCGGCGGGUCGGACGCGACCAUGUCGGACGUCGCGUCGUUCCAGGAGCUCAAUUGGGUCGCGUCGCUGCUCGCGGUGGAGCCGGACCGGCUUCGGAGUGCGCUCACGAAGCGGCAAAUCAAGGCCAAGGACGAGUGGUACGUGGUGCAGUUGACGGUGGCGCAAGCCGAAGAGGCGCGCGACGCGAUGGCGCGCUCGAUCUACGGGUACCUCUUUGAGUGGAUCGUCGCGAAAGUAAACACGUGCAUUGGCGGGCGCGAGUGCGACGCGACCGACCGCUUCAUUGGCGUUCUCGAUAUCUUUGGCUUCGAGUCGUUUGACGUCAACAGCUUUGAGCAGCUCUGCAUCAACUACGCCAACGAGCGCCUCCAGCACCACUUUAUCGACUUCGUCCUGACGCAGGAGCAGAAGCGGUACAUGGCCGAGGGCAUUCCGUGGGUGACCUUGUCCGUGCCGCUCAACGACGGCUGCCUUGAUAUUCUGGAAGCCCGACCCACGGGGGUCCUUGCCCUCCUCGACGAAGAGUGCAACAUUCCAAAAGGCUCGGACGCAGGCCUCACGCGCAAGCUCUACCAGAUCUACAGCAACCACAAGCACUUUAGCGCAUCCCGGCGUGACCAAGUCGAGCUCGCUUUCGUCAUCAAGCACUACGCCGGCGCCGUGCGCUACGACGCGCGCGGCUUUUGCGAGAAGAACCGCGACAAGCCGCACCAAGAAAUCUUCGACCUGCUCUCCUCGUCCUCGAACGCGUUCAUUGCGCUCCUCUGCCGGCCCGUCGACGUACUCGUCGAGAACGCGGCGAGUUUGCCGACGCUCCGGCGCAAGUCGUCGAUCCCCAACGACGCCAACAAGAAAGAGCUCUUCCAGCGCCAGCGCAUGGCCGAUCAGCUGCGCUACGGCGGCGUCCUCGAAGCCGUGCGCAUCGCCCGCCUCGGCUACUCGGUGCACAUGAAACACGCGCAAUUUGUCGACCGGUACCGGCUCUUGAGCUCUAUCCAGCGAUCGGUGUCACUCGAUACACUGAUACAAACGCUCACGACGACGAUGGCAACGACGUGGCCGCAUCGAGGCGACGCAGAAGAAGCCGCCUCCGUGUCGGCAUUGUACCGCUUUGGCCUUGAGAAGGGCACGACGCUCGUGUUUCUGCGGCAGUCGACGUUCGACUUUUUAGAGCUCGCGGUGGGCAGCCGCUUGAAAGUAAGCGCAAUUCGAGUGCAAGCGUUUGCACGCAUGGCGCUCCAGCGCAGUCGCUUCUGGACAGCGCAGCGCUCCGUUCAAACCCUGCAGCGCGUCGCGCGUGGCUUCUUGGCCCGCUGCAUUUCUCGCCGCAUGCGCUCUCGACGGCGCCUCGCUCUAUACCUUCAAGCGUGGUACCGCGGCCGUCGGCAGCGAAUCGCGUGGCAAUGUUUCAAGGAGCUGCGCGCGAGUCUUCGUAUUCAGCGCCAGUGGCGCCGAUAUGCUGCGCAGCAGACGUACUACCGUACGCGCCGCAACGUGGUGCGUUUGCAGUGCCGGUGGCGCGUCCGAAUGGCGUGUCGAGCGCUGCAGGGGCGCAAGACUGACGCCAUGUCGCUCCAGCGCACGAUUCUGGAGCGCAACGAGCUGCGUCAGCGACUUUUGGUGACGCAGAACGAGGCCGAGAACGCCAAGCGGCGCGCGGCCGAGGCGGAGCGCCAGCUGCAAGAGAUGAAGGCGCUCGUCCAUGCGAUGCAACAUGACGGGCAUCGAUCCGAGCCAGUGGUGACGAGUACCCCGCCGUCUGUAAAGGAACCAGCCGUCCUGGCGGCGCUACAGACGACCGUCGACGCGCCCCGCACGCUCACGCAGCCGCAACGCAAGGUGUCGACUGACCGUGUCUUGCUCCCAACUGCCCCGACGCCGCCGCCGCCGGCGAUCCAUGUGUCGCCUACCGCGCUCCCAGCCACCGAUGUUGUAGCACGAACGGUCGCUGUCUGUACGGAACAACGCGCGACUCGAGAUCGCGACCACCCCGAGGGCCCAAGCGACCUUGCAGUCGCUUCGACGCCCCGUGACUUAGCGCCGAUAGAGACGCAGGUUUUUGUACCUCGGCGCCCGUUGAGUGCCGUGGUCAAGGAAGUAAACGACCAGCAUCGGGCGAUGACGACCGUGGCAGCCGACUUUGUCGCUGCUUGCAUCGGCCACGCCUCGGAUGCUACGCUCGUGCGACCGCGUCCGACGCUGCCCCCGCGUGAAUUGCGCGAGAUCACUUAUCCCUUCUCCGGCGACGUCGCGACGGAUGUGUCUUUGGUGACGCCAUCGCCCGUCCAGCAUGCUGUCCCGGUGCCGACAGAGAUGCCACGACCGCCGUCGAGCGAAAGACCGCCUUCUCCCUUGCUCGAGCACCACACGCCGUACCAGACGUGGACCACCACGUCGUUGGUGACGCUAAGCGAGGCGCUUGACCGAGGGCAAGAUCCCGACGAGCAAGACGCAUCGGGCCGCACGCUGCUGCACGUGGCCGUUGAGACGGGCAAUGCAGAGAUGGUCGAUCUGCUUUUGCAGCACAAGGCGAGCGUCGUGCUCGCCGACUUUGCCGCGCAGGAGACACCGUACCACGUGGCGGCCAAGCUCGCCAACAUGGAAAUCUCGGGCAUCUUUUGUCGCCCCGACAUUUACCCGCAGCUCGAUGUCAACCUGCCGGACAAGGAAGGCAACACGGUGCUGCACUUGGUGGCCAUGUCGCCCCGCCCGACGGCCGCCUAUGUGCUGGAACUCUACCUCUGCAUGGGCGCCGAUCCGAAUGCGCAAAACGUCCUCGGACGCACGCCGCUGCAUGUCUGCACACUGCACCGGCGCGACGCCACGCUCAUCGAGCGCCUGAUGUCGUUUGGCGCCGACCCCAACGUCUACGCGAUCGACCGCAAGAUGCCUCUGCACAUUGCUGCCAAGCGAGGUCUGGUCGACGCCUGCAUCCAGCUCGUCAAGGGCGGUGCGAGCAUGACGCUGCGUGACGGCAACUACGAGUGCGUCGUCAACUCGGAGCUCGCGAACCAGUUGCGACCACAUCUGCGUCACCCGCCACAUCUGGUGCCCGAUGCAGACGCGGAUGCGUGCAUGCUCUGCGCGUACCCGUUUAAUUUUCUCGUCCGGCGCCACCACUGCCGCGUCUGCGGCAUCGUCGGCUGCUCGGAUUGCGUCAGCAACAAGCGCUGCGUCGCUUGUGUCGCCGCCUUUCCCGACACCUGAUAGAUGUAUAUAUAUAUAUAUAAUCGCCCUUCUGAUUUACGAGUCUAUUUCUUGCC